AUGGACGAUGGAAGAGAAGAUAUGACCGGGUUAAUGCCCCGUCAGAGUUGCACCAGUGAUGGAAUCAAGCUGGUGGGGAGUUUUGAGGAUCAAAAAUAACACCGAAGAACAAAAUUAUAACGUCAGAUUCUUUUCUUUUUUCUUUUUUUUUACAAUGCAUCAGGAUCACAUAAGGCUUGACACAGGUACAUGGGAGAUUGACCACCGUUUGCUUUACCUGUGCUCAUCAGCACACUUUUGGACCAGAUCAUGGAAGAUGGAAGAGAAGAUGCGACUGGAUUGAUGCCACAUCAGAGUCCCCCCAGUUGAGCUGAGGAAUUUUGACGGCCCAGAGAACAAAAUUAUACCAUCAAGAUGGUUUCUUGGAGGGGCUGUUUAGGUCUCCAUUUGCCAAAAUUGUAGUUUGAAAAUGCUCUUUCUCCUCAGCGUACUAAUUUUUCAAUGGAUCUCUUGAGUUGAUCAUGGUUUCCACUAGCCAUCAGAAAAUUUGAAAGCAAAGGCAUCAUCUUGCCUCUGUUAGGUUUAUGGCUCUAGUGGGGGGCCAAUUUCUCUCGAUGCUUGGUUAUUGAUUCAAGGUUCUUAGAAGCAAAAAUUAGAGAAGCCAUACUUGCCUCCUUUUGAUUCAUGGCCUUGGGGGGCUAGUCACCAGGAUCUUGGUACUAGUUUCUUGUUCUUCAUGGCCUUAGAAAAGCUUGGGUGCUCUCCCAAGUACUCACCAUUAAAAUGGUUUCCUACCAGCAACAGGAGGCCUCACAGAGAAACAAAAUCGAAAUUUAGGCUUAUACCGUCAAAAACAAAGCUUUAGUGCAGCAUUGGAGAGCACGAGCAUUGAUUCGGAAGCCUCCAUCUGCUGGGGGCAGCAUCCUUGACUUGCUUGGAGUAGAUCAAAGCUAAAAUCAGGUUUCAACUAAUAAUGAGUUGUAGAUUUUAUGGAGAUGUCCAAAAAUGAGGCAAAAGGGUUAUCUAUUGUUUCCUUGUUUUCCUACCAUCGCAUAAGCAUGCAUGCAUUUGUUAGCGAUCUGCCUUCCAUAGCGCGCCAUGCGUGAUGCCGAUGUUGCCUAUGCAUUUAUAUGUGAUUUCUUUUCAAAUGUAAUAUAAAUAUUACAAAAUUCUACAACAUCAAAAAGCCAAACUUUGUUCUAGAGAUUUUGUGGUUAGUAGAGUUUAAAUAUUUCGGAAAAAACAAACUACAAAUGUCAUUUGCAUGCAAUUUAUUACUCAAUCUCUCUUCAAAGUUUUCUUAGGUGCGAUUAGUUUUCUUACUUCAUUUAUGAUUUAAUGAUUCCUCUUUGUGAAAAAAAUGUAAAGCCCUAAGUAUUACUUCACUAUAAUGAUGUAUAAAAAUAAUUUUUUUUUUCUGAAGAGAAAAUUUGCACAAAAAUAGAAAUGGACAUAACGUUGACAUUAUGUGAUCCCUCUCUCUAUUUAUAUAUUAAUGCACAUUCAAAGAUUUUAUUAAAGAAGAUGGAGGAAACUUAGGAUCACAUUUCACUAUAAAAUAUCAUAUCAAUUGGCUUCAUUGAGAAAUUAUAACUAAAAUCUCAUAAGAACCAAAACUUGACUAAUAGAAUAAAUUUACAAUGCAUUUGAUUGAUUAACAUGGCAUGAAUACAUUUUCCAGGUGAUGACAAAGAAUAACAACAAGUCUGCUAUUCUUAUAGAUUCUUGAUGACUCUUAGUACUCGGAGGUACUCCACCAAGUCCAUGUCAUGCAUGUUGCUUGAUGUUGAACAUUCAGCCUUUUGGGAAAGGUCACCAGCAACAUUGUUGUACAUAGUAGCAGCCUCAUCUAGAGUAUUAAAGAUACCUAAAUGGUAGAUGUUCUUCACGGGAUCAAUAAGCUCCACAGUCCACUUACUAGAGGAAGGUCGCAUUACCCAUUUAUAGCUCUUGCCUCUUGUUGAUGAUUCUCCAAUUAUUUCUGCUGUUUGUACCUGAUGGCAUUCUUCAUUAUUUUCCAUGUUUAAACUUCAAUAAUAGAGAAGAAAAUGAGGAUACAUUCAUCAAGCUUAUAUAUAUAUGUAUGUCAAAGAAAUGAAAUUAGAAAGGUUAUCCUUUGUGAUAUUCUCCUUGAUUUUCCUUCUUAAGAGGAAUGUUUUGAUAGUCAAAGGUGCACUUUCUAGUUUCAAGGAAGUGCACCUUUCUAAUUUACAUAGUGCACCUUUGACUAUCAAAACAUUCCUCUUAAGAAGGAAAAUCAAGGAGAACAUCACAAAGGAUAACCUUUCUAAUUUCAUUUCUUUGACAUACAUAUAUAUAUAAGCUUGAUGAAUGUAUCCUCAUUUUCUUCUCUAUUAUUGAAGUUUAAACAUGGAAAAUAAUGAAGAAUGCCAUCAGGUACAAACAGCAGAAAUAAUUGGAGAAUCAUCAACAAGAGGCAAGAGCUAUAAAUGGGUAAUGCGACCUUCCUCUAGUAAGUGGACUGUGGAGCUUAUUGAUCCCGUGAAGAACAUCUACCAUUUAGGUAUCUUUAAUACUCUAGAUGAGGCUGCUACUAUGUACAACAAUGUUGCUGGUGACCUUUCCCAAAAGGCUGAAUGUUCAACAUCAAGCAACAUGCAUGACAUGGACUUGGUGGAGUACCUCCGAGUACUAAGAGUCAUCAAGAAUCUAUAAGAAUAGCAGACUUGUUGUUAUUCUUUGUCAUCACCUGGAAAAUGUAUUCAUGCCAUGUUAAUCAAUCAAAUGCAUUGUAAAUUUAUUCUAUUAGUCAAGUUUUGGUUCUUAUGAGAUUUUAGUUAUAAUUUCUCAAUGAAGCCAAUUGAUAUGAUAUUUUAUAGUGAAAUGUGAUCCUAAGUUUCCUCCAUCUUCUUUAAUAAAAUCUUUGAAUGUGCAUUAAUAUAUAAAUAGAGAGAGGGAUCACAUAAUGUCUACAUUAUGUCCAUUUCUAUUUUUGUGCAAAUUUUCUCUUUGGAAAAAAAAUAUAUUAUUUUUAUACAUCAUUAUAGUGAAGUAAUACUUAGGGCUUUACAUUUUUUUCACAAAGAGGAAUCACUAAAUCAUAAAUGAAGUAAGAAAACUAAUCGCACCUAAGAAAACUUUGAAGAGAGAUUGAGUAAUAAAUUGCAUGCAAAUGGCAUUUGUAGUUUGUUUUUUCCGAAAUAUUUAAACUCUACUAACCACAAAAUCUCUAGAACAAAGUUUGGCUUUUUGAUGUUGUAG